ACACGGAUAGAGACGACGUCACAUGACCUCGCUUAUCCCAAACCCCUCAAAUGUUGACUUUCAGACGAUGCUCCUGCUUCUUUCUGGAUGUUUUGGACCCCGAGCGAGCUGAAGGGUGGCUAAUUAUAUUUCUCCAGCUGGGUUGUUACCAGAGUAGUCCUGGACUCGCAAGAUACGUUACUUUCGCCCGUCGAAGCCGUCGCUCGUUUGCCAGAUCAGAGGAUAUUCGCGUCGACCGAGGCCAUCUACGUGCUAUCGACCCAUUUCGGCGACACCGAGCGCGAGAGACUGCAGAGCGCGCUUCGAGACCGAGGCGCGACGAUAGUAGACUCUGUUGCCGACGCCGGGAUCGUGCUGGUGAACUUAGAGAGCGCGUUGCGUGCUGCGAUGGAGUUGCGCAGAUGCGGACUUACCGCGCAGGUGUUGAGGGCGGGAGCCGCGCCUUUGGUGGUGAAGAUCGAUUGGGUGAGGAGGUGCAUUGCAAGCGGCAGGAUCGAGGACCGGAGUAGGUAUAUACUCAACAUUCAAUCUGCGUCUAUGUCCUCGCUGUCUGCGACGCCGCCGGUGACGCCGGUGAAGCGACGGCGCAGGAAACACACAGACGAAGAUGAUUCGAGCUCGCUCUCCGAUCCCGCGUCCCCGACGCCUUCGACAAAGGUGCCCAAGACGCGCAAAAAGCGAGUGGCUAAGGACUUAUCCGCGGUCGCCGCCGCGUCCCGGGAAGACAGCGACCUUCCGGAGCUCGACCCGAUCUACCUGCAGAAACUAUCCUGCUACCGCCCGCACCCGCUCAUUUGCCCGAACGAGGAUCUGGCAAAGAUCCUAGCGCAGAUCCGCCAUCUCCGCGAUCUCGACGGCAAUGACACCAGCGUGCGCGCGUACUCUUCCGCGAUCGCGUCGAUCAGAUCGUAUCCGUACAAGAUCAAGAGCGGGAAGGAGGUCAAGCGGCUUAAUGGCUGCGGGGCGAAGACUUUGAAGCUGGUGAAUGAGUUUUUGGAGACGGGCGCGAUCGAGAGCGAGACUGCGAAGGCUGAUACGGCUGAGUAUGAGGCGAUCGAGCGGUUGCAAGAGAUUUGGGGGGUCGGUGGGAGGACUGCGUCGAGUUGGGUGAGGGAGAAAGGAUGGAAGUCGAUCGAGGAUGUGCAGCGCGAGGGGAUGAGCAGUCUGACUCGGCAUCAAGAGGCAGGAGUUCGAUAUUACCAGGAUUUGAAAGUCAAACUGAAUCGGGAACAGGUCGCCGCGAUCGCAGAGACGGUAACCCGAUACGCGAAGGACAUUCACCCAGACGCCCUGUCACUUGUAGGCGGUUCAUAUCGUCGCGGGAAUACCUCCCACGCCGACGUCGACAUGCUUCUCACGGUCCCAAACAACAAACCCGGCGAGCACUACACUUUCCUUCAAGAACUAAUCAAGCGUCUGCAGAAAGCGAAUCUGAUCACAGAAGUGUUGACAAUCACCAGUAAUUUGCGGAAAGGCGAGCUUCUUGAUUUGGCGCUGGUGGUGUGGUCGACGGUGCCGAACGUGAGCGGCGUGCCUUUGGCGCACUUUCGCGUUGAUCUUAUAUGCGCGGAUUGGAAGGUCAUCGGACCGGCCGUUGUUGGAUGGACGGGCGGAACAACGUUCGAGCGAGACCUGAGGAUCCGCGCCAAAAAGCUCGGCUACAAAUUUCACAGCUCGGGGUUACUCGACCUAAAAACAAACAAGCUGGUUGAUUGCACAGCAGACACGAUGGAAGCGGCAGAGAGGAAGGUGUUUGAGAUUUUGCAGCUUCCGUAUUAUGACCCGGAGCUGCGGAAUACGGGCUAAAAAGACGCGUUAUAGUUGAUAGAGUGGUCGAGCUUGUAGUUUUAGUUUUACAAUGCAUUAAGCAGCGAGUGAGCAGCGAGUGCGAGUUUUGGAACGGAUUGUUACUAGAUCUUACAUUAUGGUACUUCGUCUUU